AUGGCGAGUCUUUUGUUCAUGGCCGCCGCCGCCUCGGCUGCUGCCAUCACAGGAAGAGACUACCCUACCGGCGACCCUCUCUCACUAUGCCCAGGCUACACUGCUUCAAACGUGAAGACCACUGAUUCUGGCCUAACCGCAGCCUUGACCCUUUCUGGAGAAGGUUGCGACGUAUAUGGCACUGAUCUGGAAGACCUGAUAUUGGAGGUCUCAUACGACACUGACUCAAGACUCCAUGUCAAAAUUCAAGAUGCUGCGAACGAUGUGUAUCAGGUACCCGAAUCAUACCUGCCUCGCCCGAAGAGCGGCGGUAGCACGAAGGACAAGUCUGCUCUCAAAUUCGACUACGUCAAGGAACCCUUCAGCUUCACCGUCUCUCGGUCAGACUCAGAUGAGGUACUGUUUGACACUUCGGCUGCCACUUUGAUUUUCGAGUCUCAGUACCUGCGCCUAAGAACUAAGUUACCCGAGGACCCUAACUUGUACGGGCUUGGAGAGCACUCGGACUCCUUCAGGCUCAACACAACUGAUUACAUUCGCACACUAUGGGCACAAGACUCUUACAGCGUGCCUACUGGAGCCAACUUGUACGGUUCCCAUCCCGUGUACUACGAGCUUCGCGACGGCGGUGCUCACGGCGUCUUCUUUCUGAACUCAAAUGGCAUGGACAUCAAGAUCAACAACACUGCUGAGGACGGCCAGUACCUAGAAUUCAACACCCUCGGUGGUGUAUUGGAUUUCUACUUUAUGGCCGGUCCUAGCUUGAUCGAUGUCGCGCAGCAGUACGCUGACAUCGUAAGCCUUCCCGUGGAGAUGCCGUACUGGGGUCUGGGCUUCCAUAAUUGCCGUUACGGUUAUCAAGAUGCCUACGAGGUUGCCGAGGUUGUAUACAAUUACAGCCAGGCCGAGGUUCCUCUCGAGACCAUGUGGACUGAUAUCGACUACAUGUACCGACGAAGAACAUUUAGCUUGGAUCCCGAGCGAUAUUCGAUCUCGAUGAUGCGCAACCUUGUUGACUAUCUUCACUCUCAUGACCAGCAUUAUGUGAUGAUGGUAGACCCAGAUAUCGCCUACCAAGAUUUCCCAGGAAGUCUGCAGCGCGGUCUUGAAGACAACGUCUUCUUGCUACGUGAGAACGGCUCUGUAUGGAAAGGUGUCAUCUGGCCCGGCGUCGUCGCCUUCCCUGACUGGUUCGCCGAGAAUACCACCAAAUUCUGGACCAACGAAUUUGCUAUCUUCUUCGAUAAAGACACAGGCGUGGAUAUUGACGCUCUGUGGAUUGAUAUCAACGAGCCCUCUAACUUCCCAUGCUUCUUCCCCUGCGACAACCCCGACGAGGUUGCAGUGGGCUUCACGCCAGAGCCCCCGCCAGUCCGCACGCCUCCGAGACCUCUCCCCGGAUUCUCCUGCGAGUUCCAGCCCGAGGGCUGCGAGGGCGCCGAAACCCGGUCGGUGGAAGUCAUCCGUGACAGCACGCCGCCGUCCAACUUCUUCCCCCACCUCACUCGCGCAGAGCCCGCCAGGGGUCAGCAGAAGGGCUUACCGGGACGGGAUCUACUGUAUCCCGAGUACGCCAUCCACAACAAGGCGGCGUACCUCGACAGCUGGAACGCGGCCGAAGGGGGUCUCUCCAACAAGACUGUCAACACGGACGUGAUUCAUCAGAACGGAUUAGCCGAGUACGACGUCCACAAUCUCUACGGUAGCAUGAUGUCCGAGACGUCGUACGACGCGAUGUUGGCGCGUCGUCCUGGAUUGCGACCCCUGAUCAUCACGCGCUCGACGUUCAGCGGUGCAGGCAGAAAGGUCGGCCACUGGCUCGGUGAUAACCUGUCUACUUGGGACCAAUAUCGCCUGUCGAUCCGCAGCAUGAUGACUUUCGCAGCAGUGUACCAAGUUCCCAUGGUGGGCACAGACGUCUGCGGUUUCGGCUCCAACACAACAGAGCAGCUCUGCGCGCGCUGGACCGCCCUCGGCGCCUUCGCCACCUUCUACCGCGUGCACAACGAGCUGGGCAACAUCCCGCAGGAGCUGUACCGCUGGCCGUCGACCACGACGUCAGCGCAGAAGAACAUCGCCAUCCGCUACCGGCUGCUCGACUACCUCUACACAGCGAUGCACCAGCAGAGCGUAGACGGCACGCCCGCCGUGAAUCCAAUGGUAUUCCUGUACCCGGAGGACAAGAACACGGCCUCCCUCGAGCUGCAGUACUUCUUCGGACCAGGUCUUCUCGUCGCGCCCGUGACGGAGGAAAACGCGACGAGCGUAGAGGUCUACUUACCCGACGACACCUUCUACGACUGGUACACGCACGCGCGCGUCGAGGGCGCGGGCAAGACCAUCACGGUGACGGACCAGGAAUGGACCGACAUCCCGCUUUUCCUGCGCGGCGGCAUCGUGUACCCCGUGCGCGCCUCGUCCGCCAUGACGACGACGGAGCUGCGCAAGAAGCCGUUCGAGAUCAUCGUGGCCAUCGGCCGCGACGGCACGGCCUCGGGAUCGCUAUACGUCGACGACGGCGUCAGCAUCGAGCAGGCGGCCACGACGGACAUCGCGUUCAAGUACGCCAAGGGCGUCCUCUCCAUCUCCGGCUCCUUCGGGUACACCGCGGAGGAUCUGCGCCUGUCCAAGGUGACGUUCCUCGGGCUCGGGAAGAAGGGCGUCAGCGCCGUCGAGGUCGCGGGCCGGCGCGUGCAAGCGGACGUCGACGCCGAGAAGGAAGUCGUGAGCGUCGAGGUCGACGAGCCCUUGACGCGCGCGUUUACGAUCAAGGUGAAGACGGGGUCGAAAUGCGCCCAGGGAAAGAACUGA